UAACCAAGCUGCCGCGUCGCUCCCCCAACCCUUCUCAAUUGGGGGAAAGAGCGAGCUGAGUUGCGCAUGCGUAUUACCUUAUGGAGAAGGGGGAAAUGAAGGCGCGAACUCCCUUGCCGCAUGCGUAAGGCUGGAGACCAAAGGUGGUGGGGUCAGUGACAAACCGCCGGACAGCGCAUGCGUGUUACUUGCCUAGCGGUUCGCUUUUGGAAGCGGCCGAAGGGGGCGGGGUUUGGAGCGGGAAAUCCGUUGCGCCACGCGUGCGCAGUGCCGAGUAAACGGGGCGGGGCUCGGCUUGCGCUCAGCUGACGCCGGAGCCUCGGGUUGAGAGGGUCGGUUAACGGCGGCAGCGGCCUGUUCGGGCGGAAAGCGGGUCCCCGCCAUGGCGACCACCGUCAGCACCCAGCGGGGCCCGGUGUAUAUUGGUGAACUUCCUCAGGAUUUCCUACGUAUCACCCCAACACAGCAGCAGCAGCAAAUCCAAUUGGAUGCACAGGCAGCUCAACAGUUACAGUAUGGGGGACCGAUGGGUACAGUAGGCAGACUCAGCAUCACUGUAGUACAGGCAAAACUGGCAAAGAACUACGGUAUGACCCGCAUGGAUCCAUACUGUCGGGUACGGCUUGGCUAUGCUGUGUAUGAAACUCCUACAGCGCACAAUGGAGCCAAAAACCCACGCUGGAACAAAGUUAUUCAAUGCACUGUUCCCCCGGGUGUGGACUCUUUCUAUCUUGAGAUAUUUGAUGAGCGAGCCUUCUCAAUGGAUGACCGCAUCGCCUGGACACACAUUACUAUUCCUGAGUCUCUGAAACAAGGAAAAGUGGAGGAUGAGUGGUAUAGCCUGAGUGGAAGGCAGGGUGAUGACAAAGAAGGAAUGAUUAACCUGGUCAUGUCCUAUGCGUCCAUACCAGCUGCCAUGAUGAUGCAGCCACAGCCAGUCGUCCUGAUGCCCACAGUAUACCAGGAAGGAGUUGGAUAUGUACCUAUUGCAGGAAUGCCUGCAGUCUGUAACCCAGGCAUGGUACCAGUGGCAGUGCCACCUCCUCCAGUCAACCCUCAGCACCUGUGUAAUGAAGAGGAUCUGAAAUCAAUCCAAGACAUGUUCCCUAAUAUGGACAAGGAAGUAAUUCGUUCAGUGCUAGAAGCCCAGAGAGGGAACAAGGAUGCAGCUAUCAAUUCAUUACUUCAGAUUGCAGAAGAGUUAUAGACCCCAACCCCUGCAUUAUCUCUGUUCUUGAUGCCACCUUUAUUUUGACUUGCCAAGCCAGGGAUUUAGCUAGAGGAAGAAUUUCCUAACAGAUUCCUGUGAGCAUUCUGUCUAAAAGAGAUUGUACCCCUUUUUCUCCUUGGAUAUUUGCACAUUUUUUUCACUUUUUCUUCUACAGCUUGUUUUACAUAUGUUCUGCAGAAGCUUUUUUGUUAAUACCAGCCUUAUCGUAUGUGGCUAUAUUGCUUUCAGAGGUGUGGGGGUCUGCUGCUUUUUCUUCCUUCUCUCUGUUUGAAAACAAGACCAUGUUCAUAUGAUCUCUCUUAACACUAUGCAGUACAGGAUUUACCGCUCUGUCUGUUAGAUCGGAAGAGUUAUGUUUUCUGGGAGUUGGAUUUUUUUCUUUACAUACUUCUUUUAAUAACAUGUUUUUGUUUCAGUAAGCCACCAGUUUCUACCCAAGAUAUAAAAAAUGAUUACACAAUGCUCUUUGAUUUGUCCUGUGGUGUUCAGUUAUUGCUGUGAAUAGUCCAACUAUCUUUAACAUAGUUUUAAAUCUACUAAGAAGCUGGCUUUCUUGUUGUAGUCUUUAGUGUUCUAAUUAGGUAGCCCCACCCACCUAUCCUCGUGAUUGGGCGCCAAAGCAAUAUAUAUUUGUUUGGUGGGCAUUUUGGGGCUCAAUCCUACCAUGUGAUGUUGCUGUAUUAGUAAAUGUGCAGGAGGUGGUUUUCUAUAUACAGCAAUACACACUGUGCAUCAGAGGACAAGAUUGGGCCCUAAUGUGUUCCUGCAGUUACUUGCACUCUUUUUGCUUCUACAUUCCUGUGAUUAUUCCAAAGGAUGAAUGCAGAAGGAAAGAAUUUAUACCUGGAAAAUUAUGUAUAAAAUAAGCAUUUAAUUAUUUAAGGAGCUGUCUUGUAAUAAGAACAUGUUGUUGUUGUUUUUUUUAAGUAUAGCAUUUAUGUUUUAAGAAGAAACAUGCUACACUCCUGUUUUUCAGCAAAACUGUCUUUUUGCAUGGAGGAAAAAAAUACUUUUUAAUGAGGAAAGGUUUUUUGGUAGUCUGGAAUAAGGAGUAGCAAAGAGCUGCAGAAUCUUCAGUAGGUAUAAAAUAUUUAAAGAGCUGUUUUGAUGAUUCAUUGAGUUACAGUUGAUCUUACUAAUUCAAUUGAAUUGUGUGCAUACAAAUAUCAAAACUAUCUUGUGAGAUAAUGGAAAAUCUGACAUAUCCUAAAUUGGCAGAUCCUCAUAAAGGGGAAGGAGAUUGCAUACAGUCAUUGCCUGUGUUAAUGUGUAUGCAACAUUCUAGCAUAGAAUUGCAGAGCCUUUGGAGAGGGAACAGAUUAUACCUGUUUAGAUAAAUUUCUGCAGCUUCUUAAUUUUUUUAAAACUGCAAAACAAUGCACUUUAAGUAGUAUGCACAAAUUUAUUUUCAAUAAUGUGCAAUGUCACUCUUCUGGUUUUUGGUGGUGUUUUUAAAACUGUUUUACAAUACUUUCUAUAAUAGCCAUAGCUUGUAUUUUCUUCGUGUUUGAAUGUACACUUGAAAUACAGGAUCUCAAGAGUGGUUCAUGAGAACUUUAAUAAGCCAGGUUUGGAAUAAGGAAAGAGCCUUUAUUCUCUCUCCUUCCCCUCUUUUUUUCUUCUUCCCCAAGCACAAGAUUCUUCAAUAUUUAUGAAUAAACUGCUUUUCCCAAUAUCUUUCUGUUUAAGUGUGCGGGGGUUGAGAGUUUUUUAAAUACAGUACCAAAAUUGUCCUGGUUUUCUUCCAUUGCUUGGUUUUUUUUUUUAAAAACUUCUUUUCUUGAUGUAUCAGACACUCACUUGUUAUGUCAAAAAUUCCUCAUUGUCUUAGUUGGCAGACUUACAGCUUGUAAAAAUGUAGUUGUCUUCACGUUCUCCCACUGGUUUUACAUUUCCCUAAGAAUUCAAGGCUACAUUGUCUGUCUCUGCAUUGUAAUGGGCUAUGCAGGUAAAUCUUUACCUUUUUGCUUCUCUAGAAACAGCUUUUCAUCAAGAAGCUAGCCAUGCUCCUCUUGUUCGUAGCCUGUGUCAUCACAUGUUAAUCACAAAACUCAACACUAGAUUGAGCAUCUGGUUUUUAUCUUCAUAAGACAGCGACUUCUUGUGGCAUUGCCAGCCUAUGCUUUAAAACAAAAGAUGAUCACCACUCAACUUCUUGGUAAAAAUUUAGAGAUGAGUCCCUUGCUAUAACACUCGUACAAUUGUUAUGAAUUGCUAGGAUAGAACAAUUCAGGGAAAAUGUAUAUAAUAAAGAUUUAUAUAUAGUUACUUGGAGUCUACAGUAGCAGAUUUUUCUUGGUUUGAUCUGUGUCUGGGAAAGUAAUUUUGCUGUCACCUGAGAUUGUACUGCUAAUUCUGUUAUGGCUGAAAUAUAAGCAUAGAACAAACAGCUCUGAGUACUCUUAACAAUUAGGAGGAGGAAGUGAGAAUGUUACACUAAGUAGAUUGAAUUUCUGGGGAUCCUUACGUUUUCCAUGGGAUCUCUAGACCUACUGGAAGUCUUUUUUUUGUAAGAUGCAUUUGUUAUAUGAAGUAUAGCAGAGAGAAGCUGCAUAGAUUGAAGGUGAGUAGUUUAGGAGCAGUAUGGCCAAUAAAUUGAACUCUAUGGGAUUAAAAUAUACUGUGUUCAUAUUAAGAAAUAUUGACCUGGGGAUUUUAAUUCAAUGGAGGCUCAAGCAUUAUGCAUUAAAAAGAAGCCUCCAAGAUGCACUACUGUAUUUUUUGUCAUUAAAAUUAACAAGACAGAAAUCACAAGCCUACUCAGUUUUUCUCAAUAUAUGAUAUCCCCCCACAAUUGUUUUGCUAUUUCUUGUCAGUUUCAGGUCUGAGGGAUUUUGAACUGGCAAGGAAUAGUGAAAGCUAGCAGUUGAGGGUCCAGGAAUGCAGAACUGAAAGGCAAUACCUUGCUGGGUAUUUAUUUCAAUUAAAUAACCACACGUUCUGUUGCAGCCUGUGACAUAUAUGCUUCAUUUAAUAGAAUAAUAUGUCUUGAUCAUACUUCUGUCACACUCAGCAGCUUACAAGAGCCUGGAGCCAAAGCCAGCUGUGUAAUACUGGCAUCUGCUAAAAGUUAGUGGUGUUUGCACUAGCUUCAAUCCUGCCAAGGGUCUGCACUGACUAAAGAUAGGAAUAUGUUUGUCUAGCUAGAUCCUUCCUACUUUCUCUUCAACCGCUGUUCUUGUGUGCUGAAGGUACCAAAUGUUUUCCCUUUGCAAAUAUUAUUGCUUGUGUUGGUUGACAUGUAAUACUGUACAGAGGAUGUUGUUGCUGUAAUAAUUCUGGAGGCAUUGUUUCUCACUGUAUUGAGGCCCAGUGUCCACAUGUUUUUCUUUUAUUGUAAAAUACAUUUUGACUUUUUUCAUUCUAUCUAAUUUAAUAAAUGCAUCAUGUAUACCAAAA